AUGGAGGUAGGGAACAUUCGAUUGGAAGAAAACACCCUCAAGAGGACUUCAGAUGGAAGUCUUGAAAGAGAAACCAAGAAGAAAAGGACGAGUCAACGUCCAGAUGAGGGCUGUAGUCAAAGAUUCACUGGGACUUCUGAUGGCAAAGGACCCCACAUGGAGGUAGGGAACAUUCAAUUGGAGGAAAACACCCUCAAGAGGACUUCAGAUGGAAGUCUUGAAAGAGAAACCAAGAAGAAAAGGACGAGUCAACGUCCAGAUGAGGGCUGUAGUCAAAGAUUCACUGGGACUUCUGAUGGCAAAGGACCCCACAUGGAGGUAGGGAACAUUCGAUUGGAAGAAAACACCCUCAAGAGGACUUCAGAUGGAAGUCUUGAAAGAGAAACCAAGAAGAAAAGGACGAGUCAACGUCCAGAUGAGGGCUGUAGUCAAAGAUUCACUGGGACUUCUGAUGGCAAAGAAGAAACCCAGCGUCUCUCUGGACCCAAUAAAGGACCGAGGGUUUCAGUGAAUACUGAAGAGACAAAGACCAGCAGCAAAAGGAAAUCAGACCCUGAUGAAGCAGUGAACAGACCAAGAAAAAGAAGCAAAGAGACCCCAAGUCCUGCAGAGGAAAAUACCAAGGCCCAAUCUAAAGAAACUAAAAAUGUUAGGAAAAAUUCAAAGAAGACUGAGGGUCCUAGGAAGAGAAGAGAGAAGACCCGUCAUCUAGCAAAGGAGCCCAGCUGUGACAGCCCCAGCACUUCCUCAUCAGCAGCACAAGCUGGGCCGUCCUCAGUGCCAGAUAAUUUCCCUGACUAUCAAAGAGUCACUAUCAGUGGUGAUUAUUGUGCUGGAAUCACUGUGGAGGAUUAUGAGCAGGCAGCCAAAAGUCUUUUUAAGGCUUUGCUUAUUCGUGAAAAAUACUCAAAGCUUGCCUAUCACCGAUUAUGCAGAACCACGGCUCAGUUCCUGCGAUCUGCUGAGAACACAAGAUGGAGGGAAAAUGAUGAGGUUCUACCAGAUAUGUGCCCUCAUCCAAAAGAAGGAGAGGAUCCAUACAGCAUGGAGAACAUCCCUGACAACCUGAACUAUGAACUCAAGAUGAAGGACGGGAUAGUGUAUGUGUAUGACAGUGCUGAGGCUCUGAGAGAAAACAAGCCCCACGACCUUCCUUAUCUAGAUCUUGAGACUUUUGCCAGAGAUUUCAAUUAUGUGCUGGCAAUGAUUGCAGAUGGGCCCACGAAGACGUACUGUCACAGACGACUAAACUUCUUGAGUUCAAAGUUCGACCUUCAUGAGAUGCUCAACGAGACGGCUGAGCUGAAGGAACUGAAGGGCGUGCCUCACAGAGAUUUCUACAAUGUUAGAAAAGUGGACACACACAUUCAUGCAGCUGCCUGCAUGUCUCAGAAACACCUGCUGACCUUCAUUCAGAACACAUGCAAGACCGAUGCUGACCGUGUGGUGUUGGAAAAUGCGGGGCAAAAGAUGACUCUGCAGCAGGUUUUCCACAGCCUUAACAAGGACCCCUAUGACCUCACUGUGGACUCUCUUGACGUGCAUGCUGGGAGGCAAACCUUUCAUCGGUUUGACAAGUUUAAUUCGAAAUAUAACCCAGUGGGAGCUAGUGAACUUCGGGAAAUCUUCCUGAAAACAGACAACCUCAUUGGUGGCGAGUACUUUGCUCGUAUCAUAAAGGAGGUAGCCCAUGACCUAGAGGAGAGCAAGUACCAGCAUGCAGAACCGCGUCUCUCCAUCUAUGGACGCUCUCCCAAGGAGUGGGACAAUCUGUCCAAGUGGUUCAUUAACCAUAAAGUUUACUCUCCAAACAUGAGGUGGAUCAUUCAAGUGCCCAGAAUAUACGAUAUUUUCAAGUCCAAGAAGCUGGUACCUAAUUUUGCGAAGAUGUUGGAGAACAUUUUUCUCCCUUUGUUUGAGGCGACGGUUAACCCGCAGAAGCACAAAGAACUCCAUGUCUUCCUCAAAUAUGUGUCCGGAUUCGACAGUGUGGAUGAUGAGUCCAAACACAGCGAUCACAUGUUCUCCUGCAGGAGCCCAAAGCCUGAGCAGUGGACUAGAGACGACAAUCCACCAUACAGUUACUACAUCUUCUACAUGUAUGCAAACAUCAUGGUCCUCAACAAUCUCCGGAAAGAGCGAGGAUUAAGUACCUUCCAGUUCCGUCCUCACUGCGGAGAAGCCGGAUCAAUCACACAUUUAGUCUCUGCUUUUCUGGCAGCAGACAACAUCUCACAUGGACUCAACUUGAAAAAGAGCCCUGUGUUGCAGUACCUGUACUACCUGGCUCAAGUUCCAAUUGCAAUGUCUCCACUCAGCAACAACAGUCUAUUUCUGGAGUACUCCAAAAAUCCUCUCAGAAAGUUCCUGCGUAAAGGUCUUUGUGUGUCCCUGUCCACCGAUGAUCCAAUGCAGUUCCACUACACCAAGGAACCUUUAAUGGAGGAGUACGCUAUAGCAGCUCAGCUGUGGAAGCUCAGCACCUGUGAUGUGUGUGAAAUAGCCAGAAACAGUGUGCUGCAGAGUGGACUGGCUCACCAGGAUAAGAAGCACUUUCUGGGCAUAAAUUAUCUGAAAGAUGGACCUGAAGGAAACGAUAUCAGACGGACCAACGUUGCACAGAUCCGCAUGGCCUACAGACAUGAGACGCUGUGCAAUGAGUUCAGUUUUAUAGUGAAUGUAGUGAAGUCCAAAACCAUGAAUUCUCAAUUUGAAUAA